AUGUAUAUUAAUGUUUGUUUCUUUGAUUUAUUAAAAGUACAUAAUCGUAUGCCUUUUUGUAAAACGUUUGCUAUAAUACUCAAAAUUUACGUAAAAGAAUUCUAUAUUUAUACAAAUAAGAACAAUCAACAUGUGUAUUUAAUUUAUAUUUUGUUGUUUCAAGAGAUCAAACGCAAUACUUCAUUAUGUUAA